UGUAGAACUGCAGGUAAUUCGGUGCUGUACGAUACGGCAAAUGCGGAAGGAGUCUAAUUAGCUAGCGCCUUACCAACCCAGAUCCAGGCCUUGUUCAAUCAACGCAGCCACUUCGAUUUCUCGACCUUUUUUUUUUUUUUUUUUUUUUUUUUCUUAAUCCUGCUAGAUGGAAACUUUAUCGCCGAAAAAUGAAGUGUCCGGCCUGCUCCGGCAUCCGUGUAUUCAAGAGACCGGAACAGGCCUUCGAUCCCGACGUUGAGCCCGUCGAGUUCGCAUUCGUCUACUCUUCGCUGAUCAAGGGCAAGGGCAGCGGCUGCCAGAUUUGCUAUGCCAUCUUCCGCAGCAUCGAGAUACUCACCGAUGGCUGCCGCGAAGGCCGCCCGAUGAAUGAAUUCCUGCGCAGUCUCGGUUCCAAUUGCCUCGUGGCCAUCAAAUGGACCCCGGGCCGGCCUCUCGAGGUUCGCGCCGACGUAGUGGCCAAUAAACCACGUGACACCCUACAGCCAGCGUCUACUCACAAGAAGCGCCCGCGUUUUCAGAUGCGCCUUUGCUUCGAGCUGUUUACGGACGAGAAAUCUACUUCUUGGCCUAGCUCGGUUCCACUGCCGUGGUUCGGGCCCGGCAGAAUCAUAACGAAUAAGCCUAGCACCGAUCGACGGACUCGUUUGAUCAAGCAAUGGCUGAAGGAAUGCCAGGAGACACACCCACGUUGCCAACAGUGGGGGUCUGGCAACUCGUUCGUACCCAGGCGCGUCUUGGAUCUGAGCGGAAACCCAAGGUCUAAAAUAAGACUUCUGGACGGCUUCGAUCGCAGCAUGGGAGAUUACGCCAUCCUUACCAAACCUUCUCACAACGCCAAGAAUGAUACUGUCUUCCGGUCGUCCACGCCGACGCCGACGUCGGCUUUCCACUUGACUUGGAAAAACCACAAAUCCUUUACCGACUCUAUUCGCUGGGUUGAUCUGCCCGCGGCUUUCAAGGAUACUGUGGCUGUUGUAUCCGAGCAAGGCAUCAGGUAUCUUUGGAUCGAUACUCUCUGUAUACUGCAAGAUGACGACUCAGACUACUGCUGGCACAUCGAGCACUUGCAAGACAUCUAUAUGAAUGCCUGCCUUAAUAUCGCACCUACCAGGAUUCAAGAUGUUGGCGCGUCGUUCUUGGGCCCACGGAAGCUUUCGCAGCCGGAGGAGAAGGAUUACAACAUGGAUAGAGACAGCACUCGGCAAAAUCAUGGCUUUAACCGGGCAGAGCAGGAGAUGAUGUCGCACGAGAUCGUCUUGACCCAUAAAAAAGAGAAAUUCUCUGUCUACAUGAGGCGCAUGCUCUGCUUGAGCCAUGACAGCUUCGGAUUGGGCCCUGGCUGCCCCAGCGCGCAUCACCCGACCACGUCUAGGUCUUGCAAGCGCAGUCGUUCUCGGCAAGAUCUGGCCCUAGCACCGAACUUAUUGUCGGCGUGGGGUUUUGUACAGCGUAUGAUGACAAAGAGGACGGUACAUUUCCAUUCCUCCGAGAUGGUAUUUCAAUGCCGGUCUUGGAAAUGUUGCGAAUGCACUCCAUCUCCUAUUCGCCAUAAACCCCUGAGCAAUCCUAGUGAGAUUGCCUAUUCGAGGGUGCCGCAAAUUGUGCAGGGUCAUCCAAUCGAGUUCAUAUGGAGGAUGUUCAUGGGCCAGUACCCCCAUCUCCAGAUGCCCGACAACGGAAGAAGACUUCACGCGUUAGCUGGAGUGCUGCCCUGGUUCGAAGCGCAGUUGGGUCGCGAAAGCUUUGCUGGGGUUAUGGCAGCGAGCAAAACCGAUCUUGCUUCAAAGCUUCUCUGGAUGGUCACCAAGUCGGACAGUGACCGCAGUGAAAGCUUCAAGAGCGAGUCGUCCUUUCAGCCAUCCUGGUCCUGGGUUUCCAUGGUCUCUAAAGGGGUCGACACUGUGGAGAUGCCUCAACGCCAUGUGCACAUCGACCCAUCGUUCCUGGUCAAUGAUGUGUCCUACCGCAGCUCCAUAGACGGCGUGGAUGAGUUUCCCAAGCUUAGUGCUCGCUUCUGGUACUUGAUGGCCAGCGGGCGUCUGAUACUGGGUAAAAUAAGCCCUAAAUUCCGCAAGCAUACCGGCCAUAGCUUUGUGCCGGCAAAUGAGCCACUGCUUGACUAUUUCAUACCACCCCCGCCCAAGCCUAGAACCCCUCCGGUGCAGCCUCCUGUAGCCUCAGUACCUCCUCCAGCCUCAACCGGAUUGUGGGCACAGGGGCCGCUACUUCUUGAUCCCCAGGUGUCAGCAGAAACUGCUGGUACUCGGCCGAUGCUGCGGUCAGCACUAAAAUCGCGUACCCAAUCGUCAGGCUUUCAACCGUCGUCAGAGGUCGACCGUCUGUUCAUGCAGUCCGAACCAGGACUAACACCCCGAGCCGUCUUCAUGUGGGAUUGCGAUAAGUGGGCAGCGGAGCAGUCCUCGUCCGCCGGCAAUUCGCCGAUAUACGCCUACUUUCUUCGAAUCGGGGGCAUCCGCUGUGCGAAUGUGGCACACGAAGACGAGACGCAGAUCGACGGUCAUGUCCUGGACGAAGAGGGAAAUGUGGUUCCUGCAUGGGAUAUGGAUGUCGGCUUGGUCCUCCGCAAGGGACCGAUGACCAAAGCCGCGGUGGCUCGUGCAGCUGCUGUUGUGAAGAAUGCUUUGCUCUCUGGGGGUAAUUUUGCGCCCGAUGUAUCCAAAUACUCUGGUCCUGGUCUAUGCCUCGAACGCAUUGGUAUCUUUUCGGUGCCGCACCGUAGGGGCUAUUUCAAAAAUGCUGAAGUUCAGGACGUCACCCUCAUAUAAUAAGGAUGUUGAGAGACGAGGUCAGGGCGGGCGCGGUUCAUAAAUUCGGUGCCAGGAUGUGUCGCUUAGCUCAGUCAAGGAUCACGUUGCUGUUGUGUUCCUGUCUACGCCCAAAGCCCAAGGUCCGGACCGAUAGCAUCAUGGCAGCGGGCAUUGGGCAAAAAUGAAGUGGGUUGGGUGAAGUGGGUUCGCCACGCGAUUUUCUCAAUUUGUUUGGAAUGGCUAAACUCAUUUAAAAGGAAACCCACAAGAUGACGGGCGAGUGCGGAAGAUACCGCACCAAUAAGUCAAGGCUAGAGAGUGCCAUAUUCGUCUACGGACGAACGGAAGGAAGAAAAGGCGCAAUCCUUGGUCACCUGGUGCUGAAUAAGGGAGAUUUGGCCAGGCAUGGUCUAAAUAGAACGGAUGCAGCCCUACCUUAUUUGGACCCUAACUCGGGAAGUGCCGCCGCUCAUUAUUUUCAGCUGUUUACGACGCCGACUUUGUGGCGCCUCAAACCCGAGAAGCCGAAAAUCGUUACAGAUUUCCUAUAGGGCUUACGGAACAGGACAAAUCAAUGAAUAAUACAAUUUGUCCCAAGAAGAAAAAUUUAAGCACAAUGCUCCAGUCAUGGUGAUGCCAUCAUGUGGGUAGCCACCUUAGGAGGCCAAGAUUUGUUCCUAAGCAAGCUGAGUCUGGAGCUCACUGAAUCAGAACAUGCGCUAGGCUAUCGGCAAGGUGGAUCCAGGACCCCUGCUCUUUACAUGCCGCCUUAUUCCCGGCGGCGUGGGUAUCCAUGCAGCCCCGUUUUUUGUUCACAUCAACAUGAAGCCAUUCCCAUUCAAUAAUGAUAUGGUUAUAGCCGGCUUCCUGACUAUAAAGGGCGGAAACCGCCCACAUGG